UUUUAUUUUAUUUUUGUUUUGCAUUAAAUCUUAUUAUAUUUUGGUAGCUCUUGACCGUGAAACAUUCGAACGCGCUGACGAAAGUGAAACAAUGUAUUUAGUUCCGCUCUGUCUAGAUGCGAACCGGCUUUCGGUCCAACAGCAGCAACAUCUGAGAAAUGAUGAACUGUUUGGCUAUAGCCAAAGUUAAAGCGGUGGCAGAAGCAGAAGCAGAGGCAGGGCAUGGGGCACUUGAGGCCGUAAGUGGGACCAUGUGCGAGCAUUUGGCUUGCAAAUGCCCUGACUUGUCUUAAUGACCGAAACUCGGGCUUUAACUGUUGCCGGGUGCUUUGUUGCUAUUUGGAGAGACGGGGCAAACAAAGUGUUGGUCAUUGUUUGGUUUAUGUGUGUUUACGUCGGCGCUUAGCAAACAUCAGAGCGUAUAAAUAUGCCGACAAAUUGCGACUAUUAAUCAUUCGACCCAUAGAUUCCAUCGAUAACACAAUUAGCUUUGGAAAUCUAUACCAAAAUGAAACUCUUCAUUGCGUGCAUGUUCAUUGCCGCAGCGACGGCUGCAGUGAUUCCUGUCGAACAAGCCAGGCACCGUCGUGAUGUCUCCGAGAUCGUGAAUGAGUAUAUCCCACCACUAGGGGAAGUUGCGGCCGAUGCACCCAUCGGGAACGUUGCCCAAGACCCCACCGCUGUAGGAGAAGAUGGUUACCGUUACAAAACAGUUCGUCGUCUGAAGUACCGUCAGCGUCGUGAUGUUUCCGAGAUUGCCAACGAUUACUUGCCUCCAGCUGAGGAAGUAUCCACCGAGCUCCCAGUCGAAGAAGUUGAGCCCGCCCAAGAUUCCGCCGUUCUCGCUGCUGAUGGAUACCAAUACAAGACUGUCCGUCGUCUGAAGUACCGUCAACGCCGUGAUGUUUCCGAGAUUGCCAACGAUUACUUGCCUCCAGCUGAGGAAGUAUCCACCGAGCUCCCAGUCGAAGAAGUUGAGCCCGCCCAAGAUUCCGCCGUUCUCGCUGCUGAUGGAUACCAAUACAAGACUGUCCGUCGUCUGAAGUACCGUCAACGCCGUGAUGUUUCCGAGAUUGCCAACGAGUACCUUCCUCCCUCGGAAGAACCUGUUGCUGAGAUCGCUGUUGAGGAUCCCUCCCAGGAUUCCGCUGUUCUCGCUGAUGAUGGAUACCAAUACAAGACUGUCCGUCGGCUGAAGUACCGUCAGCGCCGUGAUGUUUCCGAGAUUGCCAACGAUUACUUGCCUCCAGCUGAGGAAGUAUCCACCGAGCUCCCAGUCGAAGAAGUUGAACCCGCCCAAGAUUCCGCCGUUCUCGCUGCCGAUGGAUACCAAUACAAGACUGUCCGUCGUCUGAAGUACCGUCAACGCCGUGAUGUUUCCGAGAUUGCCAACGAAUACUUGCCUCCAGCUGAAGAAGCUGUCACUGAGCUCCCUGUUGAGGAACCCUCCCAGGAUUCUGCUGUUCUCGCUGAUGAUGGAUACCAAUACAAGACUGUCCGUCGUCUGAAGUACCGACAGCGCCGUGAUGUUUCCGAGAUUGCCAACGAGUACCUUCCUCCCUCGGAAGAACCUGUUGCUGAGAUCGCUGUUGAGGAUCCCUCCCAGGAUUCCGCUGUUCUCGCUGAUGAUGGAUACCAAUACAAGACUGUCCGUCGGCUGAAGUACCGUCAGCGCCGUGAUGUUUCCGAGAUUGCCAACGAUUACUUGCCUCCAGCUGAGGAAGUAUCCACCGAGCUCCCAGUCGAAGAAGUUGAACCCGCCCAAGAUUCCGCCGUUCUCGCUGCUGAUGGAUACCAAUACAAGACUGUCCGUCGUCUGAAGUACCGUCAACGCCGUGAUGUUUCCGAGAUUGCCAAUGAUUACUUGCCUCCAGCUGAGGAAGUAUCCACCGAGCUCCCAGUUGAGGAACCCGCCCAAGAUUCCGCUGUUCUCGCUGCUGAUGGAUACCAAUACAAGACUGUCCGUCGUCUGAAGUACCGUCAACGCCGUGAUGUUUCCGAGAUUGCCAACGAAUACUUGCCUCCAGCUGAGGAAGUAUCCACCGAGCUCCCAGUCGAAGAAGUUGAACCCGCCCAAGAUUCCGCUGUUCUCGCUGCUGAUGGAUACCAAUACAAGACUGUCCGUCGUCUGAAGUACCGUCAACGCCGUGAUGUUUCCGAGAUUGCCAAUGAUUACUUGCCUCCAGCUGAGGAAGUAUCCACCGAGCUCCCAGUUGAGGAACCCGCCCAAGAUUCCGCUGUUCUCGCUGAUGAUGGAUACCAAUACAAGACUGUACGUCGUUUGAAACUGCGUCAUCGUCGUGCCUUGUAAGCGCGCCAGCUGCUACCUGCCUGUAUACGAUUAGAACCUCUUACACGCCCCACCAACUCCUACUAGGUCGUAAGUAAGAAUCCUGUUUUGCCAUUGUUUAACGAUUGAAAUCAACAAAAUAAAUC